AAGUGUAUCUGUCCAUAAUAUAUUACAUAGGUUAUAUGUUACACAAAGAAAAUCGAAAUAAAAUGACUUGCUUAUGAUACCAGUAAAGUUAACACCCGGAAAUAUGGCUAAAGUGAAAAUGAAAUUAUCCAUCGCUGGAAUUAUUCUUUUAGGAUUACUUGACACUGUCUGCAGCCAAUCACAAUCAUUUGGAACUCUCAUCGAGCUGAAUGACGACCAACAAGAAAAAUGUGCUGUACAAGCGAACUUCAUAGAGGACCCUGCUAAUUGCUGUGGCUUCAUACGAUGUAUCAAUGGCUUUAGUGGGCCACCUUUGAAUAUCAAUGGGGUUUAUGGUAUUCGCAUGGAUUGCCCAAGCUCGAGUAUUUGGCAUCCUGAAAGAUGUAUGUGUGUAGAUGUAAACUUAUAUGACUUUGCAUGCCCCGCAGAUACAUGUACAAUUCGGGAAAUAGACGGCUAUUGUGGAGAGUUUCUCGGCGAUGAUGAAUGCUGUUUGGAACAAAUUGACAUCAGAGGACACUCACCCUUCGAUAACGCACAGACAUACAAACAGAUCAACGACACUCACUACGAGUUCAAGGGAACCAUACAGGGGUGUCCUAAAGGUCAAUUGUUCUACCUUGAUGUAUGUUGCUGUGAAGGUGUACCGGAGGUGCCUCCACAGCAGUGCUUACACUAUUCAUUCGAUGAGCGUAAUAUUGUAAAUAACCGUGGUAUACGUGCAAUGGGAGUUCAUACAUUACCAGGACAAGAAGGCGUAUUUGGAGAUGGCAUCGGAUUUCAACGAGACUCUAGUCUCAAAAUCGAUGAGUAUACCUGGAUUAAUAGUUAUACAUUCUUUGCGUGUCUGUGGGUUAAGUUUAGUGAAGAGAUGGAACCUGGGAUUAUUUUCCACAAUGGUGAAGAUGGCGGAUAUGGAGCAACUGUCAUGCUGGAACUCGUUGUGGCAGGAAAUGGUGACAGGUUGCUCGUUGGAGGUGUGAGUGCGUGUGAUAGAGUUGAAGAUCUCGUUCUAUUCAUUAAUCCUGAUGAUUACGCCGGGGUGUGGAAGCACCUAUGUCUCUCUCUGAACGAAACUGGAUUCGUGAGCUUGACAAUCAAUGGCUUUGCGAAUGCGAUAUUAGAGCGAGACAGAUUGGAGGAAUUUGACUUGGUUGAGUUGAUGCUAAUUCAAAUAGACGAUGCACGAUUUCUCGCAAAUGAGGAUUGGAUGAAUGCAGAUAUUCAGGAAUUCGUUGGUAUCGCUGACAUUAUCUUAGAUGAUAUAAGCUCUUUUGUUGGAAAUCUUUUAGGUUUUUGGAUUGAGACGUAUGAUGUGCUACUUAUAAGAAUUAUAGACUGGAUCCUACAUAAGGGCAAACGCGAUGACCUGCAGUCAAUACUUGAACAGCUGUCUGGAGAUUUUCAGGAAAUUAGACCCUUUACAACUGAAAUCAUGAAUGACCUUAGUGAUAUUGAAAAGGAAAUAAAGAACAUAGCGAGAACGCUAGAUCUUUCAACCGAGCAAGAACUGCUGUUGAACGCGUUUGUAAAAAAGGUGAAGAGAAUUAGAUACAUGUUUGAGUUGGUGGAUCCGAUACUUGUUGAUGCGGAUACAGAUGGGCGUUCAUACAGUCCUGUCACCGAUACCUUGGAAAUAGGAUUAGACCUCGUUGCUUUCUGGGAUUAUGUUUUAUCUAUUAGGGCAAAUGGCAAAAAACGAAGAGAAAUUGGCGAUAUACCUUCAAUUAAUGCAGAAGAUUUGAAAAUAUUACUGAAGACACGACCUAAGGAAGAAUGGUUCAAAUAUGUAUUCGAAAUGGGAGAAGUUGACGUAGAUUUGAAACGAUUUUUGAAGCAAAACUCCGGCCAACACUCGAGAACAAAGAGGAAUAAUAUUCCGAUUCCGGGAGAUCCAGUUCUCCUUCGGAUUCUAGGCAGCAAACAGCCAUUGCGAUUAGGAGAGGGAUUUGUGGGAGUCAUCGAUGAGUUUGUGCUCUGUGACUUCAUACCUGAUAUGGAAGAAUUGCAGAACUUGUAUGAGAACAACAUCAUUCCUGAGCAGCCCCUUGGGGAAUGGCAUGUCUAGAAUUAAUUGUUGGGAUCUUAUUAAUAAAAUAUUUGACA